AGCUGAAAUGCGAUAUGUGUGUUUACGGUUCGUAUCGUUAAUCAACACAACCAGCAUGAAAGAGGUAAUGACAUCAGAGACCAAGUAAAACAAAAUGGUAUUUUACAGAAUUAUUUUCUCUCAUAAUAAUUCUAUUUCUUUUUUUAAAAAAAUUUGCAAAAUAACUGAUUGCCACAUCCAGCAGUUUCGGUUCAUCAAGCUACUCUAAAUCGCUGUUUAAGUAGCAACUUUGCUCAGUAUGAAAUCACUGGUUUAUGAAAUCGUCAAAUAGACUGGUUGUGAAUCAUUCUACAGACAUAAGGCUCACCAGAAUUUGUCAUAUUUCAUAGCCGUUUACGAAGAUAGAAAAGGCUGGCUUUUCCUGAAUUAUUUCUUUCAACUUAUACUACCACUAAUACAAAAAGUGAACGAAAAAGCAAUUGUCGACUCAGUUUGUACUAGCGAGUUUCAUUUUUAAAGGACAUAGCAAACUAUUUGAUUUCUCUUUAUAAACACUUCCCCUCUCUCUGUGUAUUUAAUAGUCGUACUGUUCAAAGUGAACCAACAUGUUUUCUCAACGUCUUAGCGCUUUCAAAACCUUUCCUCUCAGCAACUCUAGCCGUAACACCAUUCGUUUGGGCUCAUCCUUGGAGACUCGUACAUUGUUGAGUCGCUGGUAUUCCAGUACUCAACCUCUACAUCGCAAACCUGCUGAAGAAGAUCCAAUCCCCCCUAAAGACAAUGCUAGCCGUGAAAAUACCACUGAUUCAGAGGCCAACGUUCGUUCUGACUGGGACGAUACCCCUAUUGAAGAACUAGAACGUGAGACUGCUACCAAGAGUCAACGUACGGAAAACUUAUCCGUGAACGAUCGUAAGAGCCCUCCUUCAGUUGAUGAAUUGUGAGACUGCUCUUGAUAUUCCUUCAAAGUUUUCUUUUCAUUUAUGACAAUUAUGCUUAUGAAAAAUAUGGCUGAACGGUUUAUUUUAUUUCAGCUUUAAUUAAUGAGACAACCUGUUUAUGCGGAUA